GGCCCUGCCUGCCACCAAUGCUACUGCGCUGCUGGGUCAGGAGGUGGAGCCAGCAGCAGCAGGCUCAGAGGAGCCCAUCACCGUGGCCCACAUCGUGGUGGAGGCAGCCACUCUUACGGCAGACAUCAGCCACACUCCUGACAUUGUCGGUAAGCUGGUUUGGCCCCACCAUGGCUGUUCACGUGUGGCUUUCUCAGUGCUGAGGCAUUGCUGACCUGUUAGUCAUCCACGGUCAAGGCUGGAAGCUGGGGACCUCUGCUGCCUGUGCCCCUCUGCUGUCCCGAGAGCAAAGCCUGGCUGAGGAGGGGCUGAGACCUUGUGUGCACCUUCCCCAGGGCAGGGCCUGCAGCAAGAGCAGGCAUUGGCCACCAGGCCCUGCCCUGCCCAGAAAGCGGAAGCCCAGAACCUGGGCAGCCCUGGGGGACACCUGGGCCUCGGGGAGUCUUCACUUUGUGCAUAAAUCAUCAGCUGGCUGCUCUCUCCUGCUGCUGCCCCGGACUGUCUCUGCCCUGGUUCUUCUGGAAUCUUCCCUACUUUUUUGCCACCCUCCAACCCCAACCCUGGUUCCUACUUCCCACCCCACAGUUGGCUCUGGAGGGUCAGGCUGGGGUGUGCGUGGGGUGCACCUGCUGCUCCAGCUCUGCCCUGACCUGCUGCCCGACCUUGGCCUUCACCUCCCCAGUGCUCACUCCCUCCGGCGUGGGGGUGGCGAUUCCUAUCCUGAUUCUCACAUGGCCUUUAAGAGCAUACAACGCCAAGUCAGGCUCUUUGAUGGCUUUUUUAAAGUGCAGUAGGGCAGGGAGUGUUGGGGUGUUGAGCGGUCUGGAUUGGGUCACGUGCUGCUUAAUAGGAGGCAGGUGAGCGUGCAGCUGGGACAUUCAAAGGGCAGCCCGAGGGAGCCGGGGGCUGGGUGUGAGUGUGGCAAUGCAGGGAGGCUGGACUGGGCCUGAUGGCACGGGAGGUUGGGAAGGGAAUGGGCAGGGGCCUUGGCAGGGACGUGAGUAGGUGACUGGACAGGAAACAGGUUUGGGCAACAGGUAGAACUUGGCCUUGGGAAGCCCUUGGGACCAGCUGGAGUAGGAAGAGGUGGGGAGGCGACCUGGGGGAGGGGAACCUCAGAGCAGGCCGUUCUGCCAAGGUCCCAUCCCAGGGAAGCUACAGGACCUGUCCCUGUCUCCACACUGUCUUUCCCCCGACAUUCCUGUGGACGAGGACGGUUGCCUGUUGCUCCUCUGGGAUAAGAGGGCUGACGUGGGAGGUGGGGCCAUGCCCAGCCCUGGUGUGGAGUUUGGCUUCUUGGGUGGUGGUGUCAUAUGGGAAAACAGGUUCCCUGGGUUCAGGCAGCAUCUCCAGGCUCUGGCCCCCUGGCUAGCCAGGCCCUGCCUACCAUCCAGCCUCCAGCUGGCCCAAGCCCGCGGCUGGGCAGCUCCUUGUGCUCCAGGGGCUCCUCUCUGGGCACCCGCAGCCUCUCUUGCACCCUUGGGAGUUUCCCCUUUGGGAAUUUCCCCUUUGCAGGCAUCCUGGGUACCCCAAAUGUCCCUUUGGCGUCAGCUGCUCAGCGAUCUGGAGCCCAGGCCAGAGUCCUAAACCACCAGCUGCUGGCAUCACAGGGCUGGGGGUUCUCAGUCCUUGCUGGGCUGGGGGGUGCAGUUCCCAGGGACUGCACAGGGGGCUGGAUACCCACUGCAGGCUCUCCUGCCUCUUCCCUGGAAACAAAUAUGCAUUCUGUCUCUGGACUCGGGGCAGCCACGUUCCCCCCUUCUCUGAUCCCUCUGUCUGCUGUGCCACACUCAAACUCAAGUCCUAGCCUGGCAGAAAUCCCUGUUCUUUUGGAAAUUCACUCCUGAGGGGGAGGAAAAAUAAAGCUUCAAGCAUGUCAGCUAGGGCAGGAGGGAGAGGUGCCCUUAAUUGUUUGAGUCACGGCACUUCUGUUUUGGGAAAAUGGCUUGUCAAAACACGACGCCAGCCUGAUUGAGAUGGUUUCUAAGAAGCGGCUUCACAACCGAUUGCCACGUGUUGUUUUCAUGAGCAGAAAUUGUGAAGUGUGUUUACAGCUUAGCUUUGCACAGUGUCAGAUUUCUUCAACCCCCAUGAGAGCUGCAAAAGCACAGCCUUCCUUCCUCAGACUGUCCUAGGCGUGUCGAGCGCUCCCUCUCCCAAGCUGGGUCUCUUGCCUGCCUGUCUUGAAACCGAUGCUGGUGGGUGAUCCCCAGAGGCAUUUCCUCCUCACGUUAGCCGGAGCUGGAGCAGCGAGGAGGCCGAUGGUGGCGAGUUGGCCUGUCCGCUGCCUCUGUGCCGGAACUCUGCUGCCCUUGGACACGGCGGGACCCCUGUGCACAUCUAGUCGUGCAUGCCUCUUGGCUGAGGGAAGGGGGCAUCCGUGCUCGUGGGUUUCCCUGCUGAACACAUUCUGGAGGCCUGGAACUCCUCUAGGCAGCUCCAUGGAGUCAGAGCACAGUACCUCCCACCCUUUCAGGCUGAGCAGGCGCCAUGUGCUGGGGCUGGGGGUUGGUCAAGACAACUCCACUGUGCCACAGCAGUGUCCUCAGGCUGGGAUCCGAGGAAGCAGCAGGGCCCAUGGCAUCCCAAGGCUCAGGCUCAUCUGCCUCUCCUCAGGUGGUGGACACAUCAAAGAGGUCAUCGUGGCCUCUGAGGCGGAGCCGGGGGACAGCGGGAUGGCAGAGGCCCAGGGCAGCCCCAACUGUCAGGGGCCUGGGCUCUCUGGGGAGGGUGAGCAGGCCCAGGUCAAGCUGCUGGUGAACAAGGACGGCCGCUACGUGUGCAUGCUGUGCCACAAGACCUUCAAGACGGGCAGCAUCCUUAAGGCCCACAUGGUCACCCACAGUAGCCGAAAGGACCACGAGUGCAAACUGUGUGGGGCCUCCUUUCGCACCAAAGGCUCACUCAUCCGGCACCACCGGCGGCACACAGAUGAGCGUCCCUAUAAGUGUGCCAAGUGUGGAAAGAGCUUCCGCGAGUCGGGUGCGCUGACCCGGCACCUCAAGUCUCUCACCCCGUGCACAGAAAAAAUCCGCUUCAGCAUGAGCAAAGAUGUGGUUGUUGGCAAAGAGGACACUCCCACAGGGCCUGGUGCCUCCACUGUGGGGACUGUUACAUCAUCGGCAAUGACAGGUGGGCCCAUGGAAACUUCACCUGUGAUUCACCUGGUGACAGAUGCCAAGGGCACUGUCAUCCACGAAGUCCACGUCCAGAUGCAAGAGCUUCCCCUGGGCAUGAAAGCCCUCACCCCAGAGCCCCCCGGCCCUGAGGAGCUUCCCUGUUCCAGCGAGGGCAGCCGUGAGAACCUGCUGCACCAGGCCAUGCAGAACUCCGGCAUUGUCCUUGAGCGGGUCCCUGGGGAGGAGGGAGCCCUGGAGCCAGCCCCUCCCACUGUGUCCAGUCCCCAGCCCCUGGGAGAUGGUCCCCCAGAACUGCCGCUGCUGGAGGUGGAACAGGUGGAGACAGUAGGUGCCUGCGCUGCCAGCGUGCCCCUUCUGGGGGGCUGGACCUUGGGUACAAAGUCACCAUGCUAUCCUGGCCGCCACCAGCCUCCUUGCUGUGCUUGCUCCCUGAGGUGGAAAGUUGCAUCACUGUCUGCAGUGACUUUGUCCCCUGAUCUGUUUAUCGCCUUCCUUGGGCCCAUUAUGGAGCCUCCCAGGGUCAGGGUGCCUCGGUCUGGCCUCCACGGUGCUGCUUGGGCCCAGCCCGCAAUGGGUACUAGAGGUGUGCUGUGGUCCCCCAGCAGGUGGCCAGUGAGGCCUCAGCUGUGCCCAGGACCCACCCGUGCCCUCAGUGCAGUGAGACCUUCCCAACGGCGGCCACCCUGGAGGCCCACAAAAGAGGCCACGCAGGGCCGAGGCCAUUCACAUGCCCGCAGUGUGGCAAGGCCUUCCCCAAGGCCUACCUGCUCAAGAAGCACCAGGAGGUGCACGUGCACGAGCGCCGUUUCCGCUGUGGGGACUGCGGGAAGCUCUACAAGACCAUCGCCCACGUCCGCGGCCACCGGCGUGUCCAUUCAGAUGAGAGGCCCUACCCCUGUCCCGAGUGUGGCAAGUGCUACAAGACCAAGGUGGGCCCCUGAUCCCCCAUCUGUGGGCUCCCUGCUCCCUAAGCCAGAUUUGUCCCUUGUUCCGUGCCCCCAGACCUCCCUCCUCACCCCUCACCUGACAGCCUGCUCAGUCCUAACCGGGGCCCUCAGAGGGGGCUGGGAGAGCCAAGGCCAGGCUGGCCCUGAUGGUGGGUCUCCACAGAAUGCCCAGCAGGUGCACUUCCGGACACACCUGGAGGAGAAGCCGCACGUGUGCCCGUUCUGCAGCCGAGGCUUCCGGGAGAAGGGCUCGCUGGUGCGGCACGUGCGGCACCACACGGGCGAGAAGCCCUUCAAGUGCUACAAGUGUGGCCGCGGCUUUGCCGAGCAUGGCACACUCAACCGGCACCUGCGCACCAAAGGGGGCUGCCUGCUGGAGGUAGAGGAGUUGCUGGUGUCCGAGGAGAGCCCUGCAGCAGCCGCCGCCGUCCUCGCCGACGACCCGCACACCGUGUUGGUCGAGUUCUCAUCCGUGGUAGCCGACACCCAGGAGUACAUCAUCGAGGCCACUGCGGAUGAUGCAGAGACCAGCGAAGCCACGGAGAUCAUCGAGGGCACCCAGACAGAGGUGGACAGUCACAUCAUGAAGGUAGUGCAGCAGAUCGUGCACCAGGCCAGCGCCGGGCACCAGAUCAUCGUGCAGAAUGUGACCAUGGACCAGGAGGCAGGGCUGGGCACAGAGGCAGCUGCUGCUGACACCAUCACUAUCGCCACCCCCGAGAGCCUGACGGAGCAGGUGGCCAUGACGCUGGCCUCGGCCAUCAGCGAGGGCACUGUGCUCACAGCCCGCUCGGGUACAAAUGGCGCCGAGCAAGCCACUGUGACCAUGGUUUCAUCAGAGGACAUUGAGAUCCUGGAGCAUGCGGGAGAGCUGGUCAUCGCCUCGCCGGAGGGCCAGCUUGAGGUGCAGACAGUCAUCGUCUAACACGGGCGCCUGCAGGGUCCCAGGGGGCUGGGCUGGGGCAGGGGGUGAGGACCCCGAGUGCCCUGCCCUUGCCUGCCUGGCCGAGUACAGAGAAGAUGGGCAUAGAACUCAGGCGUUCAGAGGAGAUGUGGAAGUGUAAAUACACAGAGUUUUUGGUUGCUUUACAAUAAAACAUGAAAACCC